UAGACUGUAAGCACCCUAAACUGGGGUAAUUGACGGCGCAAAGUUUCGCGCCCCUUGCAUCCAGGUUCAGUCUUGACGUCCAGUGCUAAAACUUGCACUUUUCCCGUGGCUACGCGCGUUUCAGAGUCAUGCAGAUGUGUAGAUUAAUUGGCAAUUCGAAACUGCUUCUGAUGUGAAAGUAAGUGGCGGAAUCUGGGCGGGGUGAUGGAUGUGGAGGAAAGAAUGGAAUUAAUGCAGAGUUGGUGGCAGUGGUUCGCUUCCGUGCUGUAUGACUUUCUAGGAGUCAGAUUUUUCACUACCGGGUAAUUUGUUUCAUUAAACACUUGAAUUCCAAGUCGAGAAAGCAGACCGCCUCCACCGAAACUGAAAGUAUUGCCUUGUGUUCGAGUCGCUGUAAGGGCUUUUAUUGAGGUAGGAAACUGUUUGCCUGUGGGAACUGGCCAUCAGUGUUUUCAUAUUAGUAAUUAAGAAAAAAGGAAGCAAAACUUCUCUGUAAGGAUGUCCGAAGAUUUCUAAACAGAUGAAUGAGCAACCGUUACCACAUUCGGAUGUGAACGCACGAAAACAACACGCUGAAAUCCUCCGCCUCUUCCUCGUCAGUUUACAUACGGACUUUACCCCAACACUGGAAAUAACCUGUGUCAUUUGACGCUCACGCUCGUCCCUACCCAAAUGUAAACUAUUCUUAACGAUGAAUCCAUUAAAGCUUCAUUUCUGAGAACCGGGUCAUAGAAAAUGGAAAGGAACUCUUCGCCAGCAAAGGAUAUAGAUUGAAAACAGGGAGGAUUAACGGUGGAUUAUGGCAAUCGAGCGAAACUUUUGCAAGUACAGUUUUGCGCUGACCCUACUUGGAUUUCUGCUGUACCUGACCGACAUUGGGACCGAUCUCUGGGUUGCUGUAGUGUAUCUUAAAGACGGACACAUUGUGUGGUGUAUUCUGGUGGUGUCUGUGAUGCUGGUCUCUGCUAUAAUCCUGCAGAGUUUCAGCUGGUCGUGGUACAAAGAUGAUGAGAACAGUUCAGAUGGAUGUCACGGUCCGCACGCCCGAGGCUGCUGUUCGUGGUUCGGUGUACUGCAUGUUUUCCAGAUGGGCGUGCUGCUACGGUUUAUAGAGGCACUUAAAUAUGGAUACAAGGCAGCAUUCAAAAAAGAGGAGACUACCUUGUUUGCCAUAUACUCAGCUACAGAUUUAAGCAUGUUACGAUUGUUUGAGGCAUUUUUGGAAGCAGCACCUCAACUUGUUCUUCAGGUCUUCAUUCUGCUGAUAUCGGUUAAUAGAACAUAUAUUCAGUAUGUGUCUGUGAUUUUGUCAUGCAUGAGCAUUUCAUGGGCUACUUUGGACUACUAUGCAACACUAAAGAAAUCUUUACCUGACCACCCAACACUAAUUUGUGGAUUCCCUUAUUUACUGUACUUCUUUUAUAAGUUAUUGACACUAAAUGCAAGAAUUUUGCUCAUAACCCUUCUGACUAUGAUUGAUAUCAGAUUUAUGAUUGUCUACUUGUUUGUUUCAUGGCUGAUCAUGAUCAUCUGUGUCUGUGUGCAGAAGACCAAGUUUUGUUCAUCCAAGAUCCAGGAAGGCAUUUACCGGGCAGUGGUUGCCAUCAUCUUAGUUUUCACCUUUUUCAAUAUAAAAGAUAAGAAUACGAGAAUAAUUAUGUCCAUCUAUUAUGCAUUUAGAUUUGUUGAAACUGUUGCAGUACUUGCCAUCUGCUGGUUUCUGGAAUAUCUUAUAUUUGUUGAAAGCUACAGUCUCGCUGUUAGUUUUACCAUUGUGUUUUCACUAACUCUAGGGAUCGUUUAUCUUGUACUGUACUACAGUUGUUGCCAUCCAACUGAUAGAGACUUCAAUCAUACUGACAAUGCAGUACAAUUACCCCUAUCUUGUGAUGAAAUUGAUGGAUACUCAACUGAAAAAAACUCAACAGUUAUACUGAAGAAUAAAAAUGAAAAUAGCAUUAUGAUAAAUUCAGCAGAUACUAAAUCUGGAAAUAUAAAUUAUAGAAUAAAAAAAUGUUUAAGUAUUUAAUUAAGAAUAAAC